UCCGGUUUUCUCCUUUCGAAGCUGUCCGACGGCCCCUGGUUUUUCGCUCCGCCGCCCUCUAUAUGUCCCUACCCAACACUUCAUCCUCAUCCGAUCCGAUUUCUGUUCUAGGCGAUAUUUUGGUAGCCGGAAUCAAAGGGCCGGGCGCCGGAAGAUCGUGAUGAAAGAGGGAGUGAAGCGACAGGCGACGGCAAAGAGGAAGCACGGGUGCGUCCGCCGGCGAACCCGGAGGCGCGUGCAGUCGGCCUCCAGCGCCAUCCAGCGCCUCUUCUUGGCCUGCAAGGCGGUGUUCAAGGGCCCCGGGACAGUGCCGGGGCCGGCCGACGUCCGAAAGCUACGGCUUAUUUUAGACAAAAUGGGACCUGAAGAUAUCGGACUAAGCACGGACAUACUCUUCUUCAGAGAUGGCGAUCACAUUUCCAACAGAACUUCGAGGAUCGCAUAUGCCACCAUUUACAACUGCGAUAACUUCUCGAUAUGUGUAUUCUUCUUACCUCGAGCAGCAGUUAUACCUCUCCACGACCACCCUGGAAUGACUGUCUUCAGUAAACUUCUCCUAGGAACAAUGCACAUAAAGUCCUACGACUGGCUGGAUCCGGUUACAUCCUCUGAUAGAUAUAUGAGACCAGCUGAGUUGAUUGUGGACUCUGAUUUCACUGCUCCUUGCAAGGCGUCUGUUCUUUAUCCAGAAACUGGGGGAAACAUUCACGCAUUUACAGCGAUCACUCCGUGCGUCGUGCUUGAUGUUUUAGGGCCUCCUUACACUAAAGAAGAUGGACGAGAUAUUACGUACUACAGGGAUUAUUAUUCAAACAAUUCUCGUGUUGGAUGGCUAGAAGAAGUGGACAUUUCCAAGGAUUUGAAGAUGGAUGGCGUAGAAUAUUUAGGUCCCCAUGUCAUUGAUGGCCAAUGACAGCUUAGAGCAGCAAAGCCAUUCAAUUUUCUGUUUUUUUAUGAGGAAAAGUUUAUUAAGAGAAGGGGAAAAGAGGUGAAGUAAAGUAUUUAAUUUCUCUUAAUAUAUUAAGAAGAAAGGAAAGGUUU